GUAGUUGCAGAAUUCAAAGCUUUAGACUUUUUUGAGUUAGAUUUCCCGUUGAUCCUACUUGUCAAAAGGCAGUCCAUUGAGAUUCUGAAUUAUGGUUGAAUUUUCAAGUGUUUGAGAUCUGGAUAGUGUUAGAAAUUCAAAGGGAGGAGAAUGUACGCGGUGGGGCGGCUAGGUAGCUAUAUUUCCCGAGGUGUUUAUACGGUGUCUGGUCCCUUUCAUCCUUUUGGAGGUGCAGUAGAUAUAAUUGUAGUGGAACAACCAGAUGGGAGCUUCAAAUCCUCGCCUUGGUAUGUUCGGUUUGGUAAAUUUCAAGGGGUUUUAAAGACAAGGGAAAAGGUGGUUAGCAUUUCUGUUAAUGGCGUCGAAGCAAAUUUCCACAUGUUUCUUGAUCAUAAAGGGGAAGCUUACUUUUUGAGGGAGGUAGAUGGUGAAGAAGGGGAAUCUGAUGGUGUCCCUUUUCCCUCUGGAUACGAAACAGAUGAGCCUAUGUCUGCUGAUAGGAUGCCAAUGAAGUCCAAAAGUUUCAACUAUGUUGCUGAUAAGUCUAACUCUGUGGGUGAAGUUGAUGUGAGCAAUGGGAAGAUUUUGGCUAGGACUAAUUCCCGGAGGUCACGGAUAUUUGGAUUUUUUGGACGGAGGUCGACGACAAAGGAGAAUGGUUACAAGGAGGGUGUUGAUGAUGCUGGUGUAAUGAGGUUAGAUUCGUUGGAGCGUGCUGAUAUUGCUGCUGACCUGUUGGAGGUGAAGUGGUCUACCAAUCUUACCUCUAAUAGAUCAAAUAUUAAUGCGUUCAGAUUAUCUUCUAUGAAUGAUUCACUGGAUAAUAAAGGUUCUGAAGAGCAUACAGGGAUUAACUGUGAAGAAAACUGGUUUCCCUCUUCUGCAUAUGAUGAGGAAGGGCAAAAUAACAAUGAAGAAAAUCGAUUUAACUCUUCUGUACACAAUAAGGAGGAAAAUAGCAUCAGUUGCCAGACAUUACUAGAGGAAACUGAAUGCUGUAAUGAGCAAAAGGUCAGUUCUCAUUCUGGCCUUGAGAACCUAGAGUAUUCUGUUGAGGAAGCUAGCAUACGAGUGUCUAAGCUGCAAAUUGUUGAAACCCCAUCAUUAGGUGAAGGUUUCGCAGAAGAUAAAUGCAAAGUAAUAACCAAUAUUUCAGGAAGUAUUGAUAAUCUUAGUGUUGGAAAUUGGGAUCACAAUGAGAAUGAGAUGGGUGCUGUCUCAGGGAUGAGUGGUCCUGAUAUGCCAAGUCAACAUAACAUUGAAGCAUCAACGGACGAGCAGUUUGAUGAAGAACUGGUCUGCCACGAAAGGAAUGUUGUUUUACCGGUCUCGGGUAAUUCCAAUAAGGAAGUUGUUCCAGAGAGUCUUCAAUCUUUUGUUUUCCCCAAAACAUCAGAAUGCUCAGGAAUAACAUUGGAUGGUUCAGGUGAACAAACAAUUCAAACAAUGAGCAUUUCUGAUGUAGGAAAUGGGAAAAUACAUAUUCAUGCCGAAACGCUGGUUACAACAAUUGAGCUAGUGCCAGAGGUUACAGUUCUUAAGCAAAAGGAGGACAUGGAGUUGGAUUCUGAAGGGAUAUUAAAAGUCUCAGAAUCCUGCUCUCAAAUGGUUAGUGUUGACCCUGUAAUUGGUUUGGAAGAAAUGAAGUUACACAACUUUCAUACCACUUCCACCAUCAGUGAUUCGGCUGAUCAAGCUGAAGAUGAUAAAAAUACCAAGGACGUUGUCCAAUAUUCUUUGGACUCUGUUGAUGAUUGCUAUCAUGAUCGUGACCCAAAGAGAAGUACUCCACCAUCAGAGAGUUCCGAGGAUGAACAAUUCCUUUUCAGUGAUCUUGAUGGAUUGGGACUUUUUGAGCCAGAUUCUGUAAAUAAAGAUCUUCAUCCUUCAACUUGUACAGAAAAUGAAGGAAGUGAUUUAUGUAAUGUUAAUAAUGAGUCAUAUUUAAAUCCAGAUAAUUUUGUUCAGGAGAAUUCAUCCAAUGAUCUGGAAUACUCAGUAGGAAAAUCAAGGAGCAAUCCUAUUAGUAUUUCUAGAAAUCAUAGAUUAGCUGGUGAGAAUGAUGGGUUGCAGGUGGAGUCCCUCCCUAAUAUGUGGUCUCCUGAUGUCAUCUUUGAUGCUAACAGCCAUCUUCCUGUCAGCCAUUCUCUGGACUCAAAUUCUGAAACCAUGAAGUGGACAUCGAUCAGGAAAGAUGAUUCGAGCCAUAUAAGGUCAGAUGCAGACGAGGAACAACCAUUAGAACAUGAAAGGUCUAGUAGUGAGGGGAGCGAAACUUCAGGGAAGCCGAAAAAUACUCCUAAUAAUCCUGCUGUUGAGAUAUCUCUUUGCAAACACUUACUAUUUGAAGGGAUGGGGGCUGAAGCUGCUUGUCAAGUAUUUGAAGCUGAAAAACUGGAUAGCAAAAAGUUUAGCUCUUUAGGUCCUGCUGUUGUGAAGAAUGAUAGGCUUGUUGUUCGAGUCGGUGGCCGUUACUUUCCAUGGGAUGAAGCAGCCCCCAUUAUUUUAGGGAUGGUUACAUUUGGAAGUGAAGAAAUAUUUGAACCCAAAGGCAUGAUACCUGUUGACAGAGUGGAGAAAUCCAUUGAAGGAGAUCCAUCAAAAGACGUGUCCCGUAGUGGUAGCUGGAGGCUUUGGCCUUUUUCUUUGAAAAGAUCAAGAUCUAGGAACACUGUACAACCGGCUACAGCUGAGACCAUAGGUUUGGAUGCUGAGAAUGCUGCAGAUGUUACUGUUGCCAGCAAUGAUGAUAAACAUAUGCUUAAACCCAAUCAGAUGAAGAAGAUGAUCAGGGCAAUCACUCCUACCUCUGAACAGCUGGCUUCAUUAAACAUAAAGGACGGGAUGAAUCAUAUAACCUUCACAUUUUCGACCCCUAUGCUAGGGAAGCAACAGGUUGAUGCGAGAAUCUAUUUGUGGAAAUGGAACACUCGUGUAGUAAUAUCAGACGUCGAUGGGACAAUUACAAAAUCAGAUGUUCUUGGCCAGUUCAUGCCUUUGGUCGGGAUAGAUUGGUCACAAACAGGUGUUGCACAUUUGUUUUCAGCUAUUAAGGAAAAUGGCUAUCAAUUGCUUUUCCUUAGUGCACGUGCAAUAUCCCAGGCAUAUAUCACUAGACAAUUUUUGGUCAAUCUUAAGCAGGAUGGUAAGGCUUUACCAGAUGGGCCAAUUGUAAUUUCCCCUGAUGGGCUUUUUCCAUCCCUAUAUCGAGAAGUUAUUAGAAGAGCUCCUCACGAGUUUAAGAUCGCGUGUUUAGAGGAGAUUAAGGCGUUGUUUCCAUCUGAUUGCAAUCCAUUCUAUGCUGGUUUUGGGAAUAGAGACACUGAUGAAAUCAGCUAUGUUAAGGUUGGAAUCUCGAGAGGGAAAAUCUUCAUUAUAAACCCGAAGGGUGAGGUUGCUGUGAACCGUCGUGUUGACACAAAAUCUUAUAGUUCCCUUCAUGCUCUUGUUCAUGGCAUGUUUCCACCAACGACUUCAUCCGAGCAGGAAGAUUUUAAUUCAUGGAAUUUCUGGAAAUUGCCACCUCCUGUCAUUGACAUGUGAGGUUUUCUACUAGAAUAUGUUGCGUUAGCAUUCAGUUACCGAGAUAAAUGGUUCUGGAGCUAUCCAGGUAUAUUUUGAUGUCAAUGUUGCCUGCACUUCCUGAGAUCUCACCAGCUACCACCAUUAAAUGUUUAUAACAAGAUUACACUUGCAUACGUAAUCAUGGCUGCUUGAAGUAACCUCCUCCAUGCUCUUGAAAGUGCAGGGCUGGCCAACUCUGGGUUGUUCAAAGUAAUUUAUAUGAAAUUUGCAUGGAAUCUCAGGUUUUAUAUUGGCUUCACUGUAGUUGGUUUUGUAGUUUUGUAUAGUGAAUUCUUGUGAUUCUAAAAACAGUUGAAACAUGUAUACAUUCAUGGGAGAAAAGGGCAGCUUUAAUUUUUGUUCAUA